AGAUGAUGAGCUUAAAUUCGUUUGGGAUAAAGUCAAAAAAGAUUUAGAAGGAUUUGUUAAUUCAUAUGUUUUACUAUGUAUCAAUAUUUGCAAAGAUGUUUAUUUUCAAAAUUCUUCUUAUAUAUGUGGUGAUGAACGUUUAGGUCCAAAAAAACUUUUAGAAGAUUUUUCUUUUUUGACAAAAUCUGGUGAAUUAAUAUUGAGUAAUGUAUCUCUUUCUGUUGGAAUAAAACUUGAUCAUUUCAGUUCUGAAUUUGGAAAAUAUUUAUCUCCUAUUCAUAUACCUUACAAUCAACGUGCAUUACCACCUAGUAAUCUCAAUAUAAAAGAUACAGAAAAUUUUCCAUAUAAUUAUCAUAUGUAUGAAGUUAUAAAAUCCUUUAUAGUAUUAGCUGGUCUAAUUAGAGGUUAG